GACCUCUUUUCGAGAGGCACUCAUACUCUGGGAGCUGCCAACAGCAGAGGAGCGCGGAUUGAGCACACGAGCGCCCUUUAACGGCUCCCUGAAAUGUUCCGCCUCAAGACGUUGCUCGCCCUCUCCAGUUCGAAAAAGAUUUCUCGUUUGGACUGGCCACCCCAUGUCAUAUGAUUUACUUCGUCCACUCCUCCGCCUCCUCCCUUCAAACUCGCCCUCGAUUCCCUUUUCGGGUAGAGUACUGCUGGGCAGGACCUCACGCCGGCACCAGUGACAUCGCAGUCGCUCGGCAGCGAAGGCACGAUUCGCUCCCCUAGCGGUGGUGUAAGGAGAGCCCUGCCCCACACGUAUUCCUUCUCUACUGUUCCUAGUUUCUGCCGGGCCGAAUCUUGCCAUGCUGUUCCGUUUCGGAGUGAUCGUGCCCGCCCGGCUAGCCGAAGGCGGCACAGCGCUGUGCGUGUCGGGCUCUCGGCCUGAGCUAGGUCAGUGGAACCCCAAGCAGGCGCUGGCUAUGAAACCGGCACGACCAUUGGCUCCUUUGCCCGCUCAAGAACCGGUCCUGUGGCUGGCGGAGGUGGCGCUGCCCGAAGACGAGGCUGCGGACACAUUCUGGUACAAGUUCCUCAGACGGCACGAAGCAGGAGACGCGGUCUGGGAAGGCAAUGGGCCCCACCAUGAUCGAUGUAGUGUCUAUAAUCCAAGUAAUCUGGUUGAUGGAGUUUACUGUCUCCCAAUAGGCCAUUGGAUUGAAGUUUCUGGGCAUACCGAUGAGAUGAAACAUACAACUGACUUUUAUUUUAAUAUUGCUGGACAUCAAGCUAUUCACUACUCCAGAAUUUUGCCAAAUCUAUGGCUAGGAAGCUGCCCUCGUCAAGUGGAGCAUGUGACUGUGAAGCUAAAACAUGAGUUGGGAAUUACAGCUGUAAUGAACUUCCAGACGGAAUGGGAUGUUGUUCAGAAUUCCUGGGGAUGUAACCGCUACCCAGAACCGAUGAGUCCAGAAGUUCUCAUGAAGCUGUAUAAAGAAGAAGGCCUUGCUUAUGUUUGGAUGCCCACACCGGAUAUGAGUACUGAAGGCAGAGUACAGAUGUUGCCUCAGGCUGUCUAUCUUCUACAUGGCCUUCUGGAGAACGGGCACACAGUCUAUGUUCAUUGCAAUGCAGGUGUUGGCAGGUCCACAGCUACAAUCUGCGGCUGGUUAAAAUAUGUGCUGGGAUGGAACUUGAGAAAAGUGCAGUAUUUUGUGGCCUCCAGGAGAGCAGCUGUCUACAUCGAUGAAGAAGCUCUGGUGCGUGCUGAGGAGGAUUUCUUUCAGAAAUUUGGACCUCUUCAUUCCUCUUGCAAGCCUUAGCAGGAGAAAGAGGAAACUGCUGGAAGUACUGCCAAAUGCCAAUAUAUGAGAAAUUGUGAACCUGGCUCUAAAAACAGUAUUGCUGCCUGAGGAAAUGGUGGGAUGCUGAUGAUAACAACAACGAUGUCUUCUGUCUUUUACAUGUUGAUUUUCCCCCCUAAAACACUUAAACACAAUGGCUUCGAUUCCGCUAAAUGUGUGUGCAGCAGUCAGGGCUAUGAUUGUGUAGCUGUGUUGGAAAUGGUGUCAUCACAUUGAUUAGCUGUUUUACCCAUUGAUUAGCUGUUUGGGAAGCAGGCAGAAUUUAAUCCAUCUUUCCCCCUCUCCUUCACAAACACCCAUUAUAGAUUUUCUAAUACGACUACACAUAUAUAGCCCUAGCAGCUGGGAAGAGGAAUGGCAAAGGAAGGAAUGCCGAGUUUAGUAUCUGUUUGUGCACUUAGUUCAUCAUCCAGCCAAAGGUAUGCAUAUUCCCCUCCUAGUUGGAUCAAAAUUAAAUUCUUAUGAACUUCCUGCAUAUAAGAUUCUCAUAUAAUAACAGGGAUGGAUGAUGUGAAGUGUUAAGGAAAAAUGCUUGGACAGGAAGAAGUCAGAAAAGACGCUGUUACAAAUCAAUAAGUUCUUUUUUCCAAACCUGGGCAGUCUGGAUUAUUUGGUUAUUUCGAAAGGAGCCUUUAUCAGAAUAUUUGACAAAUAGAAGUUAUAAUUCACUAAUAGACAAAAACCCUUGUGGUUUAAGAAUGUACCUAUAGUCAACAGAUAUUUCUAUCAGACUUUAAAAAGCAGGGAAAUUGGACAGCUAUACUGAAUGUACCAGGGUAGCAGGAGACCUGACCUCUUCUCUGAGAUAUUGGACUGCCCUACAAAUUUGUCAAAAUGCAAACACAAUUUGGGUUGGUCUUUCACAGUCCAAUCCACUUGCUGUGUAGCUUGGAAGAAUUUGGUAACAUGUGCCUCUGAUCAUAUUGUGAGUGGUGGCGGAAUGGAGAAUUACAUUUUUGUAUGUUUGUUGGUGUUCUUACUUUCCUUCUUUUCUGUGUUGCUACUGUUUCUAUAGAGAAUCUCACCUAGAAAAUUAUAUUUCUCUCAUUAUUCAUUGUAGAAAUCUGUGUCAAAUUUAUAUUUAUUAAUUUCAAAGCCUUUUUAUUGGUCGAUGUCAUAUGAUAGUGAAGAUAGCCUUUUUUAUUUCAAACUGGAGGUUAUGUUGUAUUUCUAUUUGGGGUGCAUUAACAGUUGCAGCUGAAACUGCAGUUUGAUGUAAAAUCAGAUGGAUUACAAUUUGUUGCUACUUAAGCAAUGACUCUUGCUGUUGGAAAAACAAACUUGGCCUGCCCAAGAUUUAUUAUUUAUUUAUUAUUUAUUAUUUAUUAAAUUUAUUAGUCGCCCAUCUGGCUGGUUGUCCAGCCACUCUGGGCGACGUACAAGAUAAAAAAAACCCAAUACAUUAAAAUGUUAAAAUUUAAAACCAUAACAGUAAAAACCUAACCCACCCCAAAAGCCUGCCUGAAGAGCCAGGUCUUCAAGGCCUGGCGGAAGCUCAUCAUAGAAGGGGCAUGGCGAAGAUCAUUUGGGAGAGAGUUCCACAGGGUGGGGGCCACUAUUGAAAAAGCCCUCUCUCUAGUCCUCACCAGUCUAGCUGUUUUAACUGGUGGGAUCGAGAGAAGGUCUUCUGAGGCUGAUCUUGUUGAGCGGCAUCCCUGACGAUGCUGGAGGCGCUCCUUCAGAUAGACUGGGCUAAAACCAUGUAGGGUUUUAAAGGUCAAAACCAACACCUUGAAUUGGGCCCGGUAAACAACCGGUAGCCAGUGCAACUCCUUCAGCACUGGAGUGAUGUGAUCUUGCCGGCGGCUGCCUUUAAUCAGACGAGCCGCCGCAUUCUGUACCAGUUGCAGUUUCCGGACCGUUUUCAAGGGUAACCCCACGUAGAGCGCAUUACAGUAGUCUAGGUGAGAGGUGACCAGGGCAUGUACCACCGGUGGGAGCAGAUGGUUGGGAAGGUAGGGGCGCAGCCUCCAUAUCAGAUGGAGUUGAUACAGCACCACCCGGCUCACAGCCGAGACUUGAGCCUCCAUGGGCAGCUAGGAGUCAAGAAUGACCCCCAGGCUGCAGACCUGGUCUUUCAGGGGCAAUCGUACCCCAUUGAGCACCAGGUCCACAUCCCCCAGCCUUCCCUUGUCUCCCACAAACAGUACCUCGGUUUUGUCAGGGUUCAGCUUCAGCUUAUUCCUUCCCAUCCAGCCACUCACCGACUCCAGGCACUUGGACAGGGUUUCUACAGCCAACCUCGGUGCAGAUUUAAAUGAGAGAUAGAGCUGCGUGUCAUCCGCAUACUGAUGACAUUGCAGCCCAAAUCUCCUGAUGAUUGCCCCCAGCGGUUUUAUAUAGAUGUUGAACAGCAUCGGGGAGAGGAUGGAACCCUGUGGCACCCCACAAGUGAGAGGCCAAGGAUCCGAGACCUCAUCCUCCAAUGCCACUCUUUGGUACCUACCAGAGAGGAAGGAAUGGAACCACUGCAAUACAGUGCCCCCCAUGCCUAACCUCUUCAGGCGGUCCAAGAGGAUAACGUGGUCAACAGUAUCGAAAGCUGCUGAGAGAUCAAGGAAGGUGCAUUCGCCCCUAUCCCACGCCCUCCUCAUAUCAUCUACCAAGGCGACCAAGGCUGUUUCAGUCCCAUGUCCAGGCCUGAAGCCCGAUUGAAAUGGAUCUAGAUAAUCCGCUUCCUCCAAGUGCGCUUGCAACUGCUUUGCCACCACCCACUCAACCGCCUUGCCUAAGAAUGGCAAAUUUGAGACUGGGCGAACGUUGUUCAGAUCUUGGGGAUCCAAGGAGGGCUUCUUUAAGAUUGGUUUUAUUACUGCCUCCUUGAGCGCUGAUGGCAUUACUCCCUCUUUGAGAGAUGUAUUUACCACCAUCUUGAUCCCCUCACCCAGUCUAUCUUUGCAGCUCAUAAUGAGCCACGAUGGGCAAGGAUCGAGUAAGCAAGUGGUUGGCUUUAAGGUUGAAAGCACCUUGUCCACUUCAUCAGAUGGAAGAAGCUGGAACCGAUCCCACACCACCAGAGCACCACUGGUCACCUCUGGCUCGCUCACUGUGUCCACAGCGCAUGGAAUAGCACUCUUAAUACGAUCGAUUUUCUCCGCAAAGUGUUUAGCAAACUUGCCACAGGAGGCCUUAGCAUGUUCCAUUGGUUCCGGAGCAACUGGACCGACCAGGCUCCAGACCACUUGGAACAGUCUUCUGGGACAGCACUCUGCAGAUGCAAUAGAGGCAGCAUAAAAAUCUUUUUUUGCUGCCCUUAUUGCCACAUGAUAGGCUGCCGCAGCCGCUCUAACAUGUGUCCGAUCGUCGUCAGAGCAAGAUUUCCGCCACCGGCGCUCUAGCCGUCUCACCUCCCGCCUCAGAAUUCGCAACCGUGGGGUGAACCACGGUGCCGUCUGAGCUCUAUUCAGGGGGAGAGGGCGUUUUGGAGCCACCCAGUCUAAUGCCCCGGCGAUUGCGGCAUUCCACCCCUCCACCAGGGUCUCAGCCGAGUGGCUGUGUGCAUGCUCCAGAGAGUCCCCAAGAGCAUUCAGGAAUCCAUCAGGAUCCAUCAGACGCCUGGGGCAGACCAUCUUAAUAGGUCCUCCACCCCCACGGAGGGUUUGUGGCACCGAAAAGUCCAUCCUCACCAAGUAGUGGUCUGACCAUGACAAGGGGGUGAUGGAUGUACCCCCAAUUUUCAGAUCACUCCCCUCCUCUCCGGAGACAAACACAAGGUCAAGUGCAUGACCGGCUACAUGGGUGGGCCCCAUUGUAAUAAGGUGCAGCUCCCAGGAAGCCAAGGUUUCCAUGAAGUCCCGAGGCGCCCCAGUAAGGAUGGCCUCUGAAUGUACAUUGAAGUCCCCCAAUACCAGCAGGUUUGGGGACUGUACACGCACAGCCGAGACCACCUCCAGCACCUCGGCCAGGGAGUCCGUCGUGCAGCGGGGUGGACGGUACACGAGCAGAAUCCCUAGACUGCCCUUUGGGCCCAACUUCCAGUACAUGCAGUCUGCCACCUUGGUCUCACAGAGAGGAGGUCUGGUGAGAACCAGGGACCUUCGGUAAAUAACUGCCACUCCCCCUCCCCGACUACCGACCCUCGGCUGCUGUGUAUACGAGAACCCAGCUGAACACAUGACCGCAAGGAUAGGAGCAGCAGCCUCAUCCAGCCAGGUUUCCAUAAUACAUGCCAGGUCCGUGCCCUCAUCCAAUAUCAUAUCAUGGAUGAGGGAUGUUUUUUGGGCAACAGACCUGGCAUUGCACAGCAGCAGUCGAAGGCCAGAGUAUGGAGUCAAGCAUCCCCCAGCUGUCUGCUGGCUCUGGACAGGCCCGGAACAGGGGACAGAUAUUAUGCAUCUCUCCCUAGUUCCUCUUACCUGACAUGACCUGCCCCUAGCUUUCCACCAGCAUCUGCCGCCCAGCCUCGGUAUACAUUGGCCUCCCACCCUUCCCCCAUCACUCCCCUGUGAUUUACACAUGCCCCGAUGUAGGCUUCCACCACUCAGGCAGGCACCCAACCUUAAGACAGCCCCCCCAAAAGAAAAAAAGAAGAAGAAGAAUGACCCACAACCAAGAUGCAUGUUUUCAGCCUGCUAUGCUUAAACUACUCCACUUAAAGAAAGGUGGACAUGGUCAAUUAAAAACAUAGAGCACACCUAGAAUUUUGCUAAAAUAUAUUUCACUUCCUACUCUUUUAUCUUGUGCAAACUGAGACACUUGGAAACUAUUCUGCAGAACAGUCAGUGCCAUUAUUCCACAAUUGUUUUUGGAACUUUCUUUUAGUGUUGCAAAGUGUUGCUCUAGUUCACAUAUUCACAGCAACAGAAGCAAAAGAGAAUUAUUUAUUAUAGAAAACUUCACUAAAAUUGCAAAGUAAAUCAAACAUAUUUAAAGUGACUAUCUGAACGAUAUCAACUGUUUUAAUAUGGUUGCUUUCUCCCUACUAAAACAAGAUCAGCACAGGAGGGGGAGGAGUAGGGUAGGUUUGAUCAUUUGCAUGUUUAUUGAGUUCAGUGUGAUUUACUACCGUGCAAUCAUGAUUAAGAUAGGUAAAACUGACCUUGGGGAGGGAAGCCUGGAGUGGG